GUGACGGUGACGGCGAUAAUGAUGGUGACGAAUUUUGCUCAUAAGGUUGUGAGGAUGGUGCAGAGGUGAACGACUGCAUCUUUGUAGUGCAGACCGAGGAGGUCGUCGUCGGUCCGGAUGAUCCAUUCGCCGGUGAAACACUUGGACUCACAGUCGUAGCAUUCUGACUUUGCGAUGCCAUUUUUUGAGAAAAACGAAUUACCAAAGAGGAUCUACCCCUGAAGAAUAUGAACUCUCUCAGGGGCAGAGUACUCUAAAAGUACUCGGAUAAAAGUAUACCGCAGUUAAACCCGUUUCAACCUAGGGUAUUAAUACUUUCAUUUGAACAAGAAAGGCUCCGGCCUCAACAGCCAUCAACCUAACCCAGUCCUAACUCGGAGCCUGCUUUCGGGAUGCUCCACAUUUGUUUCACGCCUCCUAUAUUCCUUUACAAACUUACUUAAAUGAUGCCGAACAAGUUAAUCCGGCAUUUCACGUUAUCCGCGAUUAUUGAUAAAUCAACUACAAAGCGUAAUUCACAGAUAGGAACCUAUCUCGUGAAAGGUGCUACACACGAGAUCAUUCAUUAUCGAUUAUUUGUUAUCGAAUACAGCGAUUCAGAAUUCGACUUCGACCGCGAAUAGCGGCAAACUUGAAAUAUCUUUUCGGUCCAAAUCUUAUGCUCGCGUUCCAUAACAAUGAACUACUUUUGACAAAUUUGGAAUCUUAUCAGUUUAUCGUGUUUUCGAUAAAUUGAUGAAAAUUUCGGCAGUAAAUGAUUCACCGCAUAUACAGUCAAACACCGUCGGAGAAUUGAAUGUUCACGAUGAAAAAUUUGGAAGAAACUAACAAUUUAAAUCCAUCGCUAUUUGCCGAUUUGGAAAAUUACGAGGACGAUCUUUCGGAAUCCAAAAAUGGACAUACAAUAUCUGAACAAUCAGUCCAACAAAAUGUCUUACCAUGGGAUAUAUUUAAACAAUAUUCAAUAAAAAAAGAAAGUGCAUCAAUGCAGAAGCAUAAAUGGCUAGUUAUCGUUAUGCGCAUUAUUAAAUUUCUUAUGUAUGGUAUUAUUUUCUGCAUUAUUCUAUGCUGUAGUUUAAUUGCCAAAUGUGCAGUCCUCUUUGCAGUUUCACAGCUUGAUGAAGAACAAUGUACACAAUUGUGUAAUGCCUACUCAGAGAUCAAAGAAGAUUUAGGUGCAAAAAUUUCCAAAAAGGGUAGAAUAAUCUGGUCAUGGUACAUCAUCUUUAUGUUCCUUGUGCCAGAAUGUUUCAACAUUUUACAGUCUAUAUGGUAUUAUAUUUUUAAAAAGAAUGAAAAGAUGCCUAAGAAACUAAAUCUAGCAAUUCUCCUUGUUUUGGAAACUUUUCAUCCAAUUGGUUUAGCACUUUUGCUUUUCUACAGUCUUCCAAAGAUCAACUCUAUAGAAGGUGCAGCAAUAUGUAGUUGUAUGUCUUUCAUACCUGUUCUAAUAAAUUUAAUUUCUCAAAAUCAGAAGUAUGUGGAAACAUCUAAAAUGUUCGUAUUAAUUUUAUUAUGUGAUGUGUUGGCAUUAAUUGCCCAGGGUUCUGGACUGAUUCUACAUUCCUUUUUACAUUAUAAUACAAAUGACGCACUAAUGUGGAUAUUUCCUAUAUCACUUUUAUUAUCUUCUUGUCGUUGGUGGAUCAAUUAUGUUUCUGACCAUAGUUACUGUGGGUUUAUAAGGUUUCUAGCAGCAGUAAGAACAGAUUUAGAAAAUAGUAGACAUUUAUUGCAAGGAUACAUAGCAUUUUGGAGGUGUUUGAUAUUCAUUUUAAGUGCAUCUAUAAUUUCAAUGUUUAAAGGAAUUCAAUUUAGUGAAUUUUUUGAAUUUCAAGGAAUGAAUCAAUACAAUGUGGAAUUAGUUCCAUUAUUAAAUUGUUCUGUCCCUACAAAAGCACAAGGAGUAAAAUUUCAUUUUGAAGACAACAAUUUUCAACAAGAAGAUAUUUAUACCCCUACUGUAAACACAUCAACACCUUUAAAUAUUUUUUUAAUUCAAGUUUUCUGUGGUUUUCUCAUAUAUAGAACAGCUAUAUUUGCAUAUAAAACACAGAUGCACAAAUUUAGUGUUGCUUUUCCAAUAAGUUUAGUUACACCAGGGACGAUAUUUCUAAUAAUAAUGUUUUCUAUUGGAAAAGAUAAGGAUUCGUGUGCGUUUCGUGAUUUACUAUCAGAUUAUCUAUUUUUCAAAGAACCUGUAUACAGCAAUAUGAAAGAUUUUUUCCUAAACUGGCGCAUAUGGUGCUGGAUAGUAUGGUGGUUAUCUCAAAUUUGGAUCUCACUACAAUUAUGGUUUGAUCAGAAAGAAAAAAUUGCUCCAGUGGAGAAAAUUUUCUAUAAUUCAACAUAUGAUUCUCUAAUGAUUGAUCAGUUCAUAGGAUUAAAUAAAAGAAAGUAUCAAACUUACAAUAUGAUUGAAGAAGAAGAGCAUUUUCAUUUGACUACACAGUUCAAGGCUGCCAGUAUACAAGAAAUGGAAAGAUCAAGUAGGUCUGAUUCAGGAUUUUUAGAAGAAAAUGUCAGUAAUAAAAAGAAUGCUUGUGCUACUCAACUUUAUGUAUGUGCUACUAUGUGGCAUGAAACUAAAGAAGAAAUGAUGGAACUGAUUGGAAGUAUAUUACGACUAGAUAAGGAUCAAUGUGCUAUGAGAGUUACUCAAAAAUAUUAUAAGAUUUUUAUUAAAGAUUAUUUUGAACUGGACACUCACAUAUUUUUUGACGACGCAUUUUGCUGUAUAUAUGGUUGUAUUGGGUCAUGUAAUCAUCUUGAACAUGAAACACAAAUAAACCAAUAUGUGGUAACAUUUCUGGAAACUAUGGAAGAAGCUGUCAAGAAUCUUGGUAUGUGUUCAUUAUUUCCAACCAAGCAUCCAACACCCUAUGGUGGUCAACUUAUCUGGACUCUACCUGGUAAAACAUAUUUAACGGUGCAUCUUAAAGAUAAGAAUAAAAUACGACACAGAAAAAGAUGGAGCCAGGUCAUGUACAUGUAUUAUCUUCUUGGCUAUCGUUUGAUGGACCCAUCAAUCAAUGUUGAUCGUAAAGAAUUAAUUACAGAAAAUACUUACAUUCUAACAUUAGAUGGUGAUGUUGAUUUUCGACCAGUAGCUGUUAAAGCAUUAAUUGACUUAAUGAAAAAAGAUAAGAAAUUAGGUGCAGCCUGCGGACGAAUACAUCCAGUGGGAGAAGGUCCAAUGAUUUGGUUUCAAAAAUUUGAAUAUGCUAUAGGACAUUGGCUCCAGAAAUCAACAGAACAUACUAUAGGCUCGGUUCUCUGUAGUCCUGGAUGUUUUUCUCUUUUCAGAGCAAAAGCUUUAAUGCAACAUAAUGUCAUAGCAAAAUAUGCAACUAGAUCAACUGAACCCAAGCAUUAUAUUCAGUAUGAUCAAGGAGAAGAUCGAUGGCUUUGUACACUUCUUUUACAAGCUGGCUGCAAAGUAGAAUAUUGUGCAGCUGGUGAUGCUUAUACACAUGCUCCAGAAACAUUUAAAGACUUUUAUAUUCAGCGUCGACGAUGGAUUCCAUCCACUAUGGCUAACAUAUUUGACUUGUUAAAUACAUCAAAAGAAACCAGAAAAUUAAAUAAUGACAUCUCGUGGCACUACAUUGCAUAUCAAUGGAUAUUAACAGGUAGUACUAUUAUUGGACCAUCUUUUAUUUAUUUAAUGAUGGCUGGUGCAUUUGUCACCUCUUUUCAAAUAGAUAACUGGACAAGUUUUUGGUUCAACCUAAUUCCAAUAAUUGUGUUUCUAAUAGUUUGUUUCUUCAGUGAAAAUCGUAUACAGCUUAUCGUAGCUGAGUUUAUUACUGUUCUAUAUGGAUUGGUAAUGAUAGUUGUAUUAGUUGGAAUACUAUUAGAAGUAGCAGAAGAAGGAAGUCUUGCACCCAACACACUUCUGUUUUUUAUUGUAAUCGCUCAAUUUAUACUAACAGGUUUUAUGCAUCCACAUGAAAUAUCAUGUCUAAAUUUUGGGAUCAUUUAUUAUAUUACAGUACCAUCAAUGUACAUGUUACUUAUUAUUUACUCCAUCUUCAAUGUACAUAACGUUACAUGGGGUACUAGAGAAUCCAAGCAACAGAUAAAGUCAUCGGAAGAAACUAAUUAUUCACAAGCUGGACGAAAUGAAAAAUUUAGAAGAAAUUUUGGCAAUUUUUUCAAAUAUGCUUGUUGUAAAUACAAUUCAGCAAAAGAAGAAUAUUUACAGUCUAUUUAUAAUGCAAUAAAUGAAAUUAAUACCCGCUUAAAAAAAAUAGAAAGUUACAGAAUCAAUGAUAUAUCACAUGAUGAUGAAAGUAAUCAUGCUAUCAAUGAUGAAUUAUAUGCAAAUGCAGAUUUGGAAAGUGGAAUUUCAAUACAAUCAUCUAAUACUGUUUAUGAUGAAUACUCCAAUUAUUUAGUAAGCCCUAAUUGGCUACAUAGUAAGCAUAUGCAACAUGGGAAGAUAGACUUUCUUUCUACAUCAGAAGAAGAAUUUUGGAAACAAUUAAUAGCAAAAUAUUUACAUCCUAUUGAAAACGAUGUAGAAGAACAAGAAUAUCUGGAACCAAUAGGAUGUCUGUUUAUUAUUGCAUAUGUUAUAAUCUUAUUUAUUCAAUUUUUAGCAAUGUUGGUUCACAGAUUUAAUACAUUUACUCACAUUAUUGCCAAUGUAAAAUUAAAUCUAUUUUUCUGCAAUAAGACAAAAGAUGUAUCAGAUGAUUUGAUUACUACUGAACAUGCAGGACACAUAGUAGAAGGACUUCAAAAUGCAGUAGAAAAUAGAAUGUCAUAUUCAGAAGGUCAAAGAACUAUUCAAGAAUUAAUAGAAGAUGCUCAAAAUCCUCUAAAGCUGUCUCGUAAUUUUGAAGUUCUUUUUCACAGAAAAUUGAGACAAUCUGCUGAAUCUGGAUUAUCUAAUGUAGUAUCUCCAAAUGUACCAAAAGAUGUAAUAGAAGCAUUUGAAAAGCGACACUCUGAAAUUGUAAUAGGACGUAAGAGAAAAUUUUCUCAAAGUACAACAUCUGAUAAUAGUGAAGAUGAGGGAAGAUCAAAUUAUGAUAUUAAAAAUAUAGAUAAAGCACUAGGAAAUCAUGAAUAUGAUAAUCCAGCAUUCCUAAACGAUAAUGAAGAUUAAUUGAAUGUUUUAAUGUAAAUUUCAUAUAAAACUAUUUAACUUCUUAUGUAUUGAAAUACCUAAUUUUCUAAAUAAAAUGUUCUAAUAAAAAAAAUACAUAUUCAAGAA